AUGGCGAAGAAGAGAGAUGGAAGGGAGGGGGGUAUGUACUGGGAUGGGGUGAUAGAGGGCAUGCCUGUGUUUACAGUUGUGGCUCCUCUUGAGCGUGUGAAGAUCUUGUUUCAGACCAGAAGAGCAGAAUUUCAAAGUAUUGGGCUGUUGGGAUCAUUCAACAAGAUUGUGAAAACAGAAGGGGUUCUGGGUUUUUACAGAGGGAAUGGAGCUAGCAUUGCUCGUAUUGUUCCUUAUGCAGCAUUGCAUUAUAUGGCGUAUGAACAGUACCGGAGAUUGAUUAUACAUGGUUUUCCUGGCAUUGGGGGAGGUCCCAUCCUUGAUCUAGUUGCAGGAUCAUUUUCUGGAGGAACAGCUGUGCUUUUUACUUAUCCCCUUGAUUUAGUUCGGACUAAAUUAGCUUAUCAGGUAAAUAACUGA